ACUCGUAUUGUACAGCAGUGAAUAAGAUGAAAAGAAAUUGGGGAAAAGUGCGUGUAAAGCAGAAGUUGAAUUAUGGAAAAGCUUAGAAAAUGUGUGAAAAAGUGCGAAAUAAAAACAAAAUAAUUAUGUGAAAGCCAAAAAUUGUUUAAAGGAUAUUUGUUCAAUAUGAAAUUUAAUGGAAUUUAGUGAAAAUAACGGCACUUGUGCUAAGUAAGUGGCAAAGUAAGUGCGGGUGUGCCACCCAGGCUGGGUGUAUGUGCGACGAGCCGCCAAACUGGCGCUGCCACAAAAGAAAUAACCUAAAAAUGUAGAAAGAGUGUGUCUUGAAAGCAUAAGAAGUGCUUAAAGUGAGGUUAGAAACCCACCAAAGUUUGUUAAACUUAUAAAAAAGCUUGAAAGCAUUAACAUUUUCUAAAAAAAAAUCUUCGCUUUUUCUUAACUUUUUUUUCGGCUACAUAUAAGCUGUCAAAACUCCAACGAGUGUCACUUUGUUGCUGUCUACAGCAGUGCUCCCACUCUCGCGCAACACUUUUUUAGCCGAAGUACACGCUAACUGUACAUUGUAGUUGUGCUACUCUAAUUUAGAUAGCUUGGCAACCUUGGCGCGCGCAAAAUAACGAGUUGUAAUAGUGAAAAAAUCUAAUCAAUAAGGAGUAAAAAAAUAAGCGACUAGAAGAAUUGUGGUGUAACGAGUGCGCUCAUACCAAAGCAAAUGUGUGAGCAGGCGCACUAACUGUUAACUCUCACUCACUAACCUACGCUCUCUCAACUCAUUUAACGCUCAACGCGAGCGCGUGCCCAUAGUGACAGCGUUUACCGUUAUAACUUCAGUUGAGUAACAGUUGCUGUUGUUGUUGGUUUGGUGAGUUAGCCUAGUCGGUCAGCAUAUUUUAACGGUAUUUGUCAGUUACGCUACGGCACAGUGUUUCGCUUUCGUAUUCGUUGCUUGAACGCUCCGGUGUGCUGUACUCCAUGACGGGCGUUGGAUAACGGUUGUGUGUGACAGAAAGCGACGUGUUAGCAUUUUUUGAAUUAUUUGUGUGGAAUAAUUAAAAAAUUGAAUUAUACAAAAUGGCACAGAAAGUAAAGUGGAAGCAAAAAUGUUACUGAAAUAUUUUUGCAGAAAUAAAGUGAAAUCAAUUACUUUGUGGAGUGACGCGCUGACUUUUAACUUUUUAUGUGCAUGAAAUUGUAACUUACCUAUAGUGAGUGCUUAAAGCAGACCGGAAAAACUUUAGACCUUCAGCUUCAAGUUAAAAAAAAUGUUUUGAAGUUGAAAUUUUGAGCAUCUAUGAGUGAAAUUGUGCAUUUUUGAGUUGGAAGAUCUAAAAAAAUUGUGAAAAUAACGACUACAAUACAAAUUUAGAAAAAAGCUUGUAAACGCGCCUGAAAGUAUGCAAAAUUUUAUUAGAAAGUAUGUCUCAUCGCCAAAAUAACGGGUUUACUUCUUAAAAUAUGUACUAUUAAAAAAAUAUCACUAUAAUGCGCCUAAAAGUAUGCAAAAUUUAAUUAGAAAUUAACCAUUUUAAAUGUAUUUAAGGCUCCGGUGCCUAAAAGGCUGCUACAAAGUGUUCGAAUUGCGACAAAGAACGACUGUUGUGAAAAUAAUUAUACAACGCGCCUAAAAGUAUGCAAAAAUUAUUAAAAAUAACUAUUUGAGAAGUUUUUAAGAUUCAGCGCCUAAAAGGCUGCUACAAAGUGUUCGAACUGCUGAUAAUAUCGACUGUUGAGAAAAUAAUUAUACAGCGCGCCUAAAAGUAUGCAAAAAUUACAUUAAAAUAAAGACAUUUUCAUCGCAUUUAAGACUCGGCGCCUAAAAGGCUGCUACAUAGCGCACUAAAAGUGUAUAGCAUUCGAACCCGAAGCAAAAGGGUUACCAUCACUAAAAGGCGUGAAGCUUCAAUAUAAAUAAAUUGAAUAAUAAGCAAACUUAUAACGGAAUACAGUGAGAGAAAGUUGGAAACUUGGAGAUACCACACUUCCCUGUAGCGAAGGCUUAUCCUCAAAACAGUGCGCUGAUGAAAAUUUGCCGAGUAGCAAUACGAGUCUGCUAGUGUCAUUGCAAUUAAAAGCGUCUAAUUGCGCUUAAAUGAGGAACCAAACAACAAUAACAACAACAAAAUUAGCAACAAUUUCAAAAUAAGAGUUUAGAAAUACAAAGUAGAAAGCAGCAAAUGCAAUUUAAAGUGACUAAAGCGCUGCUAAACACAACAAAGAGCGCAGAAAUUACGCAAGUAUAGACGAAGCAAGAAGAAGCAAAAGAAAAAGAGAGAGAGUAAAAGAAAGCAGCAGCUAGUUUGGCCGCCAGUUGAGCUGUAAAAACGGCGCUGCAGACGUGUAGACGCCAUGUUGCGGCCGCAAUCGUGUGGACCGGGGCCACCGUUGCCGCCACCGCCACCACCGCCGCCGCCGACGUCGCUGACACUAACGACUGCGUGCAGCCGCGUCAACAACAAGCGCCCACGUCUUGUGGGGAAAUGUGUUGAAACUGUGGCACAAAAAGAGCAAAAGUCAAUAGUUGGUGAGAGCGAAUGGAUGACCAAAGCAAAAUCGAAAAUCGCUACAACAACAACAACAUGUUUGGAAACAACAAACGAGCGUUUGGCUGCUAAUGCUGUGUCGGAGUGGACUCAAGGAUUGCAGUCCACCAAAGCUGAUGAUGAUUUUUGCAUAACAACAACAGCAGCAACAACACCGGUUGAUGAAUGUGAAACACCAACAACAACAAAUGCAAAUUCAACUGUAAUUAUUGCGCACGCCAAGCCAAACAAUAACAAAAACAAUAACAAUUGGUCAAUUUUCAAAUUACCCAUGCUGCUGCUGGCAACUGCUUUGGCAACUAUAACAACAACACUAACAAUGGCCGUCGCAAAAACUGUCUGCGAAAUAAAAACCGCUACGAAACAGCGAAAAAUGGUGACCGGCAAGAAGACGGCAACAGUUGGUGGCAUUGUGGAAAAAAUAACAAAAGCAGCAACCACAGCAACCACAGCAACACUAACAACACCAACAACAACUAAUGCAAAUCAUGCAAAUUCGAUGUGUUCAAAAACAAUGGCAACCACAACAACAACACUGGCAACAACAGCGCCAUCUAUAAAAUGGUUGCUUAUGUGGCUAAUGCUUUUUGGCAUAAUGGCCCAAGCACCGCAACAUCAAGUCGCCGCCGAAAAGAGCAAACACUAUUAUAUGCAAGCUCUGUGCAAGAAUCACUUUCUGCAGCAACUUUAUCGUAAAAUCGACGGUGCUGUACUUUGGUCGCAAAACGAACGGAAUCUGGAUUGCAUCAUAACAUUCCAAACGCAUUCGAUAUUGCAACGUUUCAUGUUGCGCUUCGAUAUGUUGCAACUAGAUUGCAAUGAUCAUUUGUAUGUGUACGAUGGCGCGCAUGCUGUUGCCACACCGAAGGCUGAUAUCUCCUGCCGCAAUACGAAGCAAACGGUCAGCUCCAUAUUGACACGCACAAACUUUGUCACACUCAAAUAUGUCACCGACAAUUGGGGUACAGAUGCGAAUGGUUUCAAGUUGGUCAUAACCUCGGUGAAGGAUCCAAAACACACCUGCAAUGAUUUCACUUGUGCAGCGCGUGAAUUUUGCAUAAGUCCGGAUUUACUCUGCGAUGGCAUUAAUCAUUGUGGUGACAAUUCUGAUGAAUCGGUGUGCCAAAGCGAAACAGCCGCCACGGUUUUCGGUGUCGACAUGACCUGGUUCGUGCUGAUCGUCGUCGGCAUUGUACUGGUUUUGAGCGCCGUAAUCGUUGGCAUUUCGAUAUGUGUUUGUAGGCGUCAGGAAGAGGCGAACCUCAACCAGAAUACCGCAAUACAAAUGCAUCACACCGCCGAAACGAAUGGCUCAUCGAAGCAUUUACAUUAUCAUCAUGGCGGCACAUUGUCGCGUGAACACACACAACUGCCACCGACGUCGGGAAACUGGCAUCACCCUGCGGGACCUUACGGGUACCACCGCAUUCUACGCAACUUAUCGAAGAUGGCCACCAAAGUCCGUCCCAUUUGGUGCUUAGCAAAUUCCGUCAAUUAGGUCAAGAUCUUUCACAUACAAAUCCGGCCGCCACCGCCGCCACGGCGGGCCUCAAUCAAACGAACAUUUCUGUCGCUAAUCAAAAUGCCGCCGCCGCAGCAGCCGCUGCUGCAGCUGUUGGUGCUGCACAGAAGGAUGAAUGGUUCGUUUAGGUGGAGGUGGAGGAGGUUAGCGGAGGAGUAGUAGCAUAAGUGAAGGGAUCAAUUAAGACUACAGGAAGAUGUUUUACUUAUCAAAUUUUUUUAAUUAAAACACGGAUUUUGCAUGGCAUUAAAUGAAGACUGUAUAAAAUUUAACAACAACAAAUUUACGUGGACAUCUACGCGCAGGGUGAUCGUUAAGAGAUUUAUAGUACCCAAAUCUCUUGGCGUUGAGCACAAAAAUUCGCAGCAUGUACUUUUCAAAAGCAUGUGAGGAAUUUUUGUGUCGGAUAAUCAACGCAAUUUGUAUAUAAAUUAUAAAUAAUUAAUUAAAUUUAAUGUAAUUGUAAUUGAUUGAAAUUGAAGGAAAUUAUUUUAAUAAUUAAUGAUUACUGGUAUAAACAAGUGUGUAACGGUAAAUAUAUUAGCAAAAAAUGUGUAAUAAAAAAUAUACUAAAAGAAACUUAAGCAAAUGAACAAUUGUAAUUUUAAGCUUAAAACACAAAAUAAUAUUAGAAGGUAAACAGAAAUCUUACGGUAAAUAGCUAAGCAGUUAGUUUUAGCCUAAGGUAUGUAUGCUCCUUUUUUUACAAACAACCAUUGAAUUAAGCGAGUAAGCAAAAUAUUGAAAUUUAUAAAAAAAGAGAAAAUACAAGAAUUUUAUUUGAAAUAGAACUUUAUUUAUAUGUAAGAGUAUAACGGAUUAAACUUUAGAAAUAAAGUUUGAAAAGUAUUUAUUUUUUCAGCUCAAAUCACUCAAGAGGAGAAUAUGUUUUCUCAAUAUAAGUACUUCCUUUUUAAUUUUUUAUCUACAAUAUAAAGCAAUAAUAGUUAUUCUUUACUAAAGCUUUGUAUACAAAAAGAAAACUGUAACUGUAAACAUUAAAGUAAUGAAUCUUUGAAAAACGAGCUUUCAUAAAAUAUUUGGGGGCUCUUAUGAUUUGCUAACAAUGAAAAUCUUUUCAAAAUAGGUCUUUCUGAAGUCAAAUUUUAUAGUUUUCAUUAUAUUUGUCAUAAAGCUUACACUUUUGGAAGCUCAAUUUGAAAAGCUUUCACAGUUUAACAUUUUUGUAUGGUGAAAGCUUUUAUAAUCAAGUCGAAGAGACAAGCUAUACAAAUUGUAGUUGGAAAAAAUAGAAGCUUUCAUAUUCAAAAUCAUAGCUUCAGAAGCUUUCACUUUUUUAAUCAUUGCAAGUGAAAGCAUUCUCCUUUAAACUGUCAUAAAGACAAUCUUUUAAAAUUUUAUUUCAAAAAAAUUGGAAGCUUUCAUGUUCAAAAGCACAAUUCCAGAAGAUUUCACUUUUUAAUUAGUGAAAUUGAUAUUCAUAAAAGCUCAAUUUUAAAAGGUUCACGUUUUCUCUUUAUAUUUUGAAAAUACAAGCAAUAAAAAUUUUCUUUUCACAAAAUUGCAAGCUGUCAUUUUCAAAAGCUUUCACUUUUCAAUUAUAGUAAAUGCAAGCUUUUAUAUUUCAGCUUUCGAAAAGAUAAGCUUUCAAAAUAUUCAAAAAAAAAAUCGCAACUUUAAUUUUCAAAAGCUCUGAAGCUUUCACAAGCUUUCCCUUGUGGUUUUCAUAGCAAUUGAGAUUCGCAAAAGCUGCCAAAUAUAUAUGAAAGCUGUUUUUACAAGAAAGCAGAAAGCUCAAAAGUAACCAUGAAAAUUAGACUUUUUACACUGACAGGAAAGAACUGUAGAACUGCAACGCCUAGCAUUAGGCAAUAUUCCAAUACAAAUGAAUCCAAUAGUAUUACAAGUCAAUGUCGACGGCAAUGAUAUAACUAAAAAGCCACUUCCAAAAGGUAAAAUACAAGUUUUUAAACACAAAACAAAAAGGAAAAAAUAAAAAUAAAACAAAAAUUCAAAACUGUAAAAUAAACGCAUUUUGCGCAUAAAGCAUGGCAGUGCAAUAAUAAAAUUGAUGCGAGGUCAUAAAAUGAGAAUAAAAACAAUCCUUAGAAGGCAAAAUUAACAGCUAUUGGUUAUUUUAAAUAUUAAAAAAAAGUAAAUAGUGCAAAACUUAUAGAAAUCCACUAACCAUAGCAAAAUAAUGAUUAAAACUAAAGACGAUUGAAGCAAGAAACCAAAACUCAAUUAAAAAUUAUAUAAAAUUAAUAAAAAACAACAACAAACAAGGGAUGUAAAUAGUUGACAAUACAGCAUAUUAAAAAUCGUAAACAAAAAGUAAUUACUUAAAAUGGCAUAAAAAUAUUAAAAUGAUAAUUGAUGAUAUUGAAACGCAGUUACAAGAACAAAACUAGACAUUUUACAUUGAAAAGCAGUCAUUGAGGUUUAAAAAAAUCUUUCGUAGAAACAUUCAUAAUUUAUUUUAAUAACGCUAAUGAGUUCAUAGCACAUCAACUUAACACUUGAAAUGUAAGAAAUUUGCUUUCUUUGGGCAUAAAUCAUUUAAUGAAAGUAUUUUUUCGUAAUAUCACAUGAACGGGUGAUGAAACAUCACAUGAUGAGUAAAAUUAAAACAGCUUUAAAAUUUAUUUUGAAAGUUAAUUUCUAUGAAUUAACGAAUUUUAAAAGAUUUUGCGAUUUUAUCACAUCAUAUCAUAAAAUAUCACAUCAUCAGACAUCACGUGAUAAUUCAACACAUGCAUAAAUAUCAUAUACAGCAUGUCAGAAAAGCAUAAAAAUUGCAUGUGAUAUUCUAAAAUACAGAGAGAAAGAGAUGAUUAAAUAAGCUAAAACCUCUAACAGUGCAACUUCCAAAAAAUAUCACUUCAUAAGCAAUCAACAUUGAUCACAUGAUUGAUUAGAAUCAGUAUCACAGAUGCGUUUAAAGUUUGACAAUUCAUUAAGAAUUUUAUUAAAUUUCUAAUCUUUAUAUUUUAAAACAGUGCAUUUUUAUAGCUUUUUGAUUUAUCAUACAAUCACAUCCUGUAAGAUCACUUGAUCAUCACAUGAUAAAACAUCACAUGUUUAGAAUACAACGUAUUUCUGCAGUUGAUGUUCGAAUGUAUAGAACUAAGCGGCAACGGUUGAAAAGUACGAUAAAAUGUACCACAUCACACUUAAUGCAUCACGUUUUCCAUGUGAUGAUAUGAUAUCACAUGAUUGCCAGAAGGUCGCAAAUGCAUUCAAAUUUUAGCUAUUCGUUAUCAUACAGAAAGAAAAGCAUUUUUUUACAAUUUUUGUGUUUUUAUAACAUCACAUCUUGAAAUAUCAUAUGAUUCGACAUCACGAACGAAAAUCAUAUGAUCAUAAAUCAAGUAUGAAUUUCAGAAAUGAAAGAAUAACGACUUUAAAACAUAUUUAAAACUCAAAUAAAAUUACAUGUAAUAAAAAUUUGUCACAUCAUCACAUCACAUGAUGAACAAUCACUCAUCAAACUGUCACGUAUGUAGUAAAAUAUUUUUAAUAAACAUUCAGUUCUUAUUGCAGAUUAUCGUCAUUUUAAGAAUUUUAAAAAUCCAAUUUUCAUACAUUUCAACAUUGACAUCACGCGAUGAAAAUAUCACAUCAUAAAAGAUCACAUCAUCAAACUGUCACGUACGUAAUAAAAAUGUCUUGAAAUUGUUUUUAGCGCAGAUUAUUACCAUUUUAGAAAUUUUAAAACGCAAUUUAUCAUAAACUUUUAACAUAUUUAAGAAUUGACAUCAUGCGAUGAAAAAUUAGAUUUUAUUAUAUAUAGAGUAUAUAAACAAUAUUCACUCUUCAUCUAGCGCAUUAUUGCUGCUUAUAUUGUUUGUACUACAACUCUAAUAUCAUAUCACGUCACAUAACAAUCACAUCACAUCACCUGUAUAUCAACAUCACUUAUUUUGUAUGAUAAAUAUCUACAGCUGCAUUAAAUGCAUCAACAGCAUAUCGUGUAAAUUUUAGUUGAUUGUUUAACAUAACAUCACAACAACAAUAAAAAAUUAAUAUUUUUUUUCCAUAAAAGUCACAACUACUCGUCACAUCACUAGCAUCAAAUCAAAGCGCGCGCCAUAACAAUUCCAAAAAAGUAAACAUCAUCAAAUCAUUAAAAGAAUAUACCGUUAGCACAGGCAACAAUUUGACUACAUAACAACAACUUGAAUCCAUAACAAUCGCCGCAGUGUACCAAUCAUCAUACAACUUGUAAACAAGUCCAAUCAAUCACGUCAACAACACCACUAAAAAUAAGCAAAGGGAAAUAUGAGACACAAAUGACAAUACAAUUUAUGUUUUUAUUUUUGUUUUUGAUACAAGAAAGCGUAAGCAAAAAUCAACAAAAAAAAUGCAUAUAUGAAACGAUUUUUUCUAAGAACGAGUCGAAUGAUGUGGCCAUACAAACAGAACAAAAAAAAAUUAAAAAUAAAUAAAAAUUAAAAAAUAAAAAAAUUAACUAAAAAAUUCGCGCUCCAAAAAACAAACGAAAUAAAAUCUAACACACUAAACUAUUUUCUACUAAGUACUUAUAUAAUUACUAAACAAUAUGCAUACAAAUAUUUUAAAUAAAAAAAAAUUAAAAAAUUUCUUAAAAGAAUGUAGUUCAAAGCAAACUUAAUAAAAAAACCAAAAAAAUAUACUGGCUAAAGCUUCAAAUUAUUGGAAAAGUAAAAAAUGAAAAAAUAAAAUAUUCAAAAAGUAUUAUUAACUAAAAGCAAAAACAAUAAUGUUGCCACUUAAGCGCAAAAAAAUAAAAUAAAAUAAAAUAUUUCAACAAACAUACAAAAUGAAUCAACUCAAAUUUUUUGCGAAUAAAGCUUAAACGUUAGUACUUCCCGCCGUUUGAAAAAUAAAAUAAAAUUUUGUAAAAAAAACAUUACAGAAUUAAAAUAAACAAAAAAAAUAUAUAUUUCAAGUAAAUUUACCUACACACAAAUAUCAGUACAUAGCGUUAGUUGGAAAGGCGCAGACAUUUUCGAAACUUUCUUUAACUAUUUAGAGAUUUUUGGUCAUUUAGCUGCAUUAAAUAGAUAAAAUAAAAUUAGUAAAACUAUUAAAAAAUAAAAAAAUUAAAAAUUAACAAAUUUAUUAUAAAAAAAUCCAAAAAUAAAACUAAGUGGCAGCAUGCGCCAACAAACAGUCUAUUUAAUGCUGUUGUUGCGUUUUGUGUGAUGUGACGAAGCAUUGUAUACAAAAUCUAUACUGACUUUUUUCUACACAACAAACACACUAAAGUGAGGUUAAGGUGAUUUGCUUGUUGAUUGAUGGAAGAAAAUUAAAUUCGAAAUUGCUACUGAUGUGAAAUUGUAGCAAAAACAAAAUUAGACAACAAAUGGACAAUAUUGCAAUGAGUUAUUUACAAGUUUCAGCAAGUUGCUGUCAAACACAUUUUGACAGCUGUCAAUGAUUUGUCAAUUUUCUCUAACUUCAAUUACAGCAUACAUUACUUACUUGUAGGCAUUGACAGCUGUCAUCAUAAAAGCAUAAUUAUUACUAAAUUACGAAAUUUCAAAUUCUAAAUGUCAAUUUCUUUCGAAACUUAAAAGUAGUUAAGUAUGUGCUUUCAUAGCAAAAAAAAGCACAAUAUCAGUUGGAUGUCAAUUUUAAUGUGCAAUGAGAAAAAAUUUAAUGAAAAUACAAUAAAGAUGAAAAAUGAUGUGAGUUGCAAUUUUCGUAAGUCGAAGGUAUAACAAAAAAAAAAAAAAAAAUUAUUUGAAAAUUAUAGAAAUUAGUUUUUUCUAUAAAUUUCUUUCUACUUCGAAAACUUUCAAAAAAUUAUUUUGAAUCACUUUUUUGACAUUUCUAAAAAAUACUAAUCUCUAAAAUACUUUUUAAAAAUAAUUUUUGACAAUAAUUUUGACUUACUUUUCUUGACAUUUCUAAAAAAAUCCGUUAUUUAGUAAAACAAAUUUUGAAAAUAAAUUUUGAAUCAUCACUUUUUGAGUUUUAAAAAAAUACCGUUAUUUCCUAAACACUUUUUUAAAAAUCAUUUUUAAUAACUUUUUUAACAUAACAAAAAAAUACCGUUAUUCUCUAAAAAAACUUUUUAAAAAUAAUUUUGAAUUAGGUUUUUAAUAUUUCUAAAAAAUACCGUUAUUCCUUGUUAUUUAUUUACUGUUUUACUAUUAAUACACUUUUUACUUCAUAAUAGUGGAUUUUAGAGAAGAAAAUGAAUUUAAAAAAUUUUAAAAUCUAAACAAUUAUUCAAAAAUAAUUUAAAAUAUAUAUAUAACGGAAAUUUUUGAAAUAGCAUGUCACCAAAAAUUUGGAAAAAAGAAGACAAAAAUUAAUUAAUAAAAAUAUGUUCUAAAAAAGUCAAAAUUUGAACCAAAAGCUAUCGAUAAAUUGAAGAAAAAUUAAAUGUCAAAAUUAUAUUUUAAAUUAAACAGAUAUUAAUUACAACAAAGUUGGAAGAAAACUUGCAUAUAAUGGCAUAACAACAUAAAAGCCAUAGUGAUUUUAAUCAAAAAAAAUAAAAAAACAUCUGGCAAUACUGCAGCAGAAAAAGUAGCAAAAGAUGGCGUUUAAUAUAUUUCAAAAAAAAAAAAUAGUGAAAUAACUGUUCAGAAUGACUUGAAAAAUAAAUUUUUGUCGGAAUGCAAAAACACACAGUGUUGGAAAACGUGACUCUUAGAUAUUUCGUUUCAAUAUUUCGGACUUAGAUUUAAAAAUUAUUUAAUUUAGUGCUUUUAAAUUACUUUAAAAAAAAAAUUUCGAGAAUUUUUAAUUAGAAUGUAAUAUUUCAAUUUUUAAAAAAAUAAAUGUAUUGAAUAGUAUUUUUUCGAAUUGAAUAAUUUUAGAUUUCGCUUUUAAAUACAUUUUUUAAUUAAAAUAUAAAAAUUUUUGAAAAAUUAUUGAAUAAUUUUUCUGGAAUUUAUUAAUUUUAAAUUUCACUUUUUAAAUAUUUUUUUUUUUAGAUAAAAUACAUUAUUUCAAUUUUGUUUAAAAAAAAGUAUUGUAUAUUUUUCCUGAUUUUGAAUUUAAUAAUUUUAGAUUUCACUUUUUAAAUACAUUUUUUAAUCCAAAUACAAUAUUUCAAUUUUGAAAAAUAAAAGUAUUGAAUAUUUUAUUUCGAAUUCAAAACUUUUAAAAUUUACAUUAAAAAAAAAGAGUUUUCGUUUUUUGUAAUUAUAACCUCACAGUGACUGUUGCAACUAAGGAAACUACAAUAAAUGUGCUAACGCAGUAAGAGAAAAUAUAAAGCAUACAUUUUAAAGAAUAUAUAGUGUAUAUGAAUAUUAUAUAAAUAUCAUAAACUACCGACAAAAAAAAACAAGCAUUUCGUGUACUCGUCUCUCAAAUGUAUGUAUGUUUAGGCAAAUGAUUAGGCAAAAUUAGACGAAUAAAAACAAAAAAUAU